AUGAUACACCUAAAAGAUUUUAGAAAAUUUGUGAUGUUGGCUUUUCAGGUAUCCCCCUGGCUCCUGGAACAGGGUUGCUUUGAGCCAGGGAGAUGGAAGAUUUUGGGGGAGCAGCUGACCUCAUAUGAUGGUACUUGCACUGGAAAAGUUAGGCUUUUAGACUAUACCAUCUACAAUCUUGUAAAACAGAUUCUGAUGAAUCAAAAGCAAGGAGAAGUCCGGUGUUUUCCAGUCUGUACUCAGACAGGUUCCUCCCUCCCCUCCCCCUCUGCGAGUAGACCUUGCUCUCCUAAACUAAGAGAAGAUCUCGCAGACCUCCCUCUCCGGCCACCCCCAGGACACUAUCCCAACUUGGGGGAGCUGGAGGACACUUUAAGAAACUUGGUAGCGACCCCUCCCGAGAAUCGGGGAUUGCGGGAGCAGGAUAGUAAGGAAUUUCCACCAACAAAAGCAGAAAUUCCUGCACAGGAUGUUAGAGGAAAGUUUCUUGCAAAAGAAUUUCUUACUGCGCCACAGACUUUGGGAAGUGGGUGUGGCCACCUUGGUGCGCACACAACAAAGUCCAGCGAUGAAGAAUCACCAUUACAAAAGGGCAUUAGAGAAGCAAAAGAAAAGGGUGAGGGUGUUAGUGAAUGGGAUAUUGGCCUCUAUCCGGUCAUUGAAGAACCUGAUCCCUUUAAUCCAGGACAGGUACGGAGGAGGCAUGAAAGUAUUCCUUUUAAAACCUUGCUGCAAUUAAAACAAGCAGUUGCCCAAUAUGGACCUACUUCACCUUUUGUAAUGUAUCAAUUAGAGGUUAUCUCUAACUCUAUUUUGUGUCCGAAUGAUUGGAAGGCAAUAGCCCGUGCAGUUCUGACUCCUGGAGCUGCUGUCUUUUGGAUGGCUGAAUUUGUAGAUCAGUGCCAUAUGGUUUCAUACCAAUUGGCAUCUGGACCCCAAGGAAAAGCCCUCUUCGAACAGAUGAGUGGCACAGGGGAUUUUGCUACCACUGCCCAACAGCUAGGAUAUGCUGAGGAGGGCUAUCAUAGAAUUGCAGUACAAGCUAGAAAAGCUUGGUCUAGGAUACCAGAAAAGGCGCAGGCAAAGGAGUCUAUGACCGCUGCCCGGCAGAAAGCUACUGAGACUUUUGUUGAUUUCGUGGCUAGAAUUCAAGAACCAGUCACACGAACAAUGGGAGAAGUAGAAGGGACUGAAAUAGUCAUAAAAUCACUACUUAGAGAAAACUGCAAUGAAGACUGUAAGAAAGCCAUGCUAGGUUUGCCUAGGGACGCAACCUUACAGGAAAUGAUAAGGAGAUGUGAAAAGGGCAUUGGGCUUCUGAAUGCAAGUCGGGAAAUGGGCACAGGGGCUCUGCGGGAGCCCCGAAUACUUGUCCCAUGGGGAUGA